AAGCUACCAAACCAGAUUCACUCUUCCAGUUGGAGCAAGGAGGACCACCAUGGAUAGCAGAGAGAGCAGCCCAUAAUCCAACCUUUUCAGGCAGUCAAGCUACCAAACCAGAUAUGAUCCUUAAUUUCAAGCAUGGAGAAGAGCCAUGGAAAGUAGAAGAUGAAUUACAAUGUCAGUGCUUUUCAGAUGUUGGCUUCUACAUGAGGCAGCACCUGUAAAGGAAAGAAAACGAGAUCUCAAGUCCAGAAAUGAAUCCUUGUUGAGGACACCCUUGAUGAGACAUCAUUAUCAGGAUUUUAGGACAGAUACUAAAAGUGGUGGCCAUUUCCUGAAAGCUGCUGAAAAUGACCAAGUCCCAGGGCUUAUUGUCAUUCAAAGAUGUGGCUGUGGAUUUCACCUGGGAAGAGUGGCAGCUACUAGACACUGUUCAGAAGAACCUCUACCAGGAUGUGAUGCUGGAAAUUUAUAGCAACCUAAUGUCAUUGGUUCUCUGUGAUUACCCCUUGACAGGUUAUCAAGCUACCAAGCCAGAAGCAGUGGUCCACUUGGAGAAAGUAGAACUAGGAACAGUAAAGAGGGAAUUUCCAAGUGAUUUUUCCCCCCUAGAAGUAAUAUGGCAAGUUUAUGAUAUGCAUCAGGAAGAUAUUGAGAAGGCUGAACCUGUGGAAAAUCAUGAAAAUAAUGCAUUGGGAAAAGUAUUUUCUCUCAGCAAAAAAAUUGUUCCAUUUAUAGAAAAACACCAUAAAUGUGUUUCAAGAGGAGUAAGUUUGAAACAAAAUUCAGAUUCAAAUUUGCAGAGUAAAAACUAUGCAGAAAUGAACUCUGAUGACUCAAAGGGUCCUGGGAAAAAUUUUUUCCAUGCUCUAUAUGAAACCUCCCACGCUGAAGCCCAGUACUAUGAACAUAAUUUAUGUGUAAAGGCUUUCAGCCUGGUGACAAACCCUAAAAGGCAUCAAAGAAUUCACACAGAAGGGAAACCUGAUGAAUGUAGUGAAUGUCCAAAAUCCUUGAGGAAUAACUCAAAGCUCAUAGUACACCAGAGAACUCAUACAGGAGAGAAGCCAUACAGAUGCAGUGAAUGUCAGAAAGCUUACAGGGAGAAGACAAAGGUGAGAUUACAUUACAAAACGUACACAGGAGUGAAACCAUUUGAAUGUAGUGAUUGUGGGAAAGGUUUUAUGCAGAAGUCAAACCUGAUUAUCUAUCAAACAAGUCAUAUAGGAGAUAAACCCUAUGGAUGUAGAGAAUGUGGGAAGGCCUUCUGUAGCAAGUCUCAGCUUGUUGUUCACCAGCGAAUUCAUACAGGAGAAAAAUCCUAUAAAUGCAGGGAAUGUGGGAAAGCCUUCAAUAAAAACUCCCACCUCAUAACACAUCAGAGAAUUUAUAUAAGAGAGAAACCUUAUGAAUGCAUUGACUGUGGAAAAGAUUUUGUACAUGCAUCACAACUCAUUGUACAUCAGAGCAAUCAUACAGGAAGAAAACCUUAUGAAUGCAAGGAACGCGGGAAAGCCUUUAAUAAAAAGUCACACUUUAUAACACAUCAGAGAAUUCACACAGGAGAUAAGCCAUAUGAAUGCAGUGAAUGUGGAAAAGCUUUUAUAGACAACUCACAGCUUAUUGUUCAUAGAACUCAUACAGGAGAGAAACCUUAUGAAUGCAGGGAAUGUAGGAAAGCCUUUAAUAAAAAAUCAUCCCUUAUAACACAUCAGAGAAUUCAUACAGGAGAGAAGCCUUAUGCAUGCAGUGAAUGUGGAAAAGCAUUUAUAGAUAAGUCACAUCUCAUUGUCCACCAAAGAACUCACACAGGAGAGAAACCCAAUGAAUGCAAUGAGUGUGGAAAAGCUUUCAUAUGAAAGGCAAUGCUCAUUGUCCAUCAGAGCACACAUACAGGAGAAAGACCCUUUGUCUGUCUUGAAUGCCAAAAAGCCUUCAGCAGCAUGGCAAUGCUCAGUAGACAUCAGUUGGUUCACACAGCAGAGAAACCCCAUGGGUGCAAUGAGUGUGGAAAAGCUUUCCACCAGAAAAGCCAUCUUAUUAUCCACCAACGCUGCCAUACUGGAGAGAAACCCUAUGGACGCAUUCCAUGUGGUCAAAUCUUUAACCAGAAGUCACAGCUCAUUAGACAUCAGAGACGUCACUCAGGAGAGAAACCAUAUCAAUGCACUCAAUGUGGGAAAUCCUUUUUUGAAAAAUCAUACCUCAGCGUCCAUCAGAGAAGUCAUGCAGGACAGAAACCUUAUCAGUGUAGUGAAUGUGGGAAAACUUUCUCUGUCAAGUUCUUUCUCACUUCACAUGAAGAAAUUCAUACAGGAAAGAAAUCUCAGAAACACAGUGAAUUUUACAAAUGUAGUGAAUGUCAGAGAUCCUUUAACUACAUGUCACAACUCCUUGUGCACCAGAGAAUUCACACAGGAGAGAAACCCUAUGGAUGCAAUGAGUGUGGGAAAGCUUUUGCACAGAAGAAGGGUCUCCUUUUACAUCUGCGAACUCACACAGGAGAGAAACCCUAUGGAUGCAGUGAAUGUGAGAAAGCUUUUGCGCAGAAGAACGGCCUCAUUUNACAUCUGCGAACUCACACAGGAGAGAAACCCUAUGGAUGCAGUGAAUGCAGAAAAUUUUUCUCACAGAAAUCACAGCUCACUGAACACCGGAUGAUUCAUACAGGAGAGAAAAAGUAUGAGUGCAGCGAAUGUCCAAAAGCUUUUAUUCGGAAGGCAAAGUUUAUUUCACAUCAGAGAACUCACACAGGAGAGAAACCUUAUGAGUGCAGGGAAUGUCAGAAGGCUUUUAAUAGUACAGCUCAGCUCACUAGACACCAGAAGUACCACACAGGAGAGAAACCCUAUGAAUGCAGUGAAUGUGGGAAAGUCUACUCCCGCAAAUCUAAUCUAGCUUUUCAUCAGAGAAAUCACACAAGUGAGAAACCUUAUGAAUGCAGUCAGUGUCCAAAAACCUUUAUUAGUAAGCCACAUCUCAUUAAGCAUGAGAGAACUCAUACAGGUGAGAAACUCGAUGGAUGCAGGGAAUGUGGAAGAACCUUCUCUCUGAAAUUUAACCUCACUUUACAUUAGAAAACACAUACAGGAGAAAAGCCCAGUGAAUACAAUCAGUCUCAUAAAGCAUUUAUGCUUAGGUCAUGGCUCAUUGAACAUCAGAGAACUCACACUGGAAAAAAGCCCUUUUCAUGCAAAGAAUGUCCAAAAGCUUUAGACCAGAAGUCAGAACUCACUUUACACAGAGUUCAUACUGGAGAGAAGCCUUACCAGUGUGGCGAAUGCAAAGCCUUCAGCACUAAAUCACUACUCGUUAUACACCAGAGAACACACACAGGAGAAAAACCCUACAGAUGCAGUGAUUGUGGGAAAGUUUUCCCACAGAAGGCACAGCUCGUUGUACAUUAGGGAACUCACACAGGAGAGAAACACUAUGAAUGCAGUGAUUGUCAGAAAUCUUGUAGCCAAAAGUCACAACUUUUCAUACACCAGAGAACCCAUGCAGGAGAAAAACCCUGUGUAUGUAGUGAAUGUGGGAAAGCUUUCAUCUGUAAGCAUGGUCUAAAUAGACAUCAAAGAACACAUGAAGAGACACCCUAUGAAUGCAGUGAAUGUGGGAAUUCCUUUAGUGUCAAGUCACAUCUCAGUAGCUACCAAAGAUAUCAUACUGGAGAGAAAUCACAUGGAUACAGAGAGAAAUAAAGCACUCAAGAAAGCUAUUCCAACAUGAGAUUACAGGUAUAUAGGAAAGAAUUACACAUACAGUGAAUAAAUAGAAAUUUUCACUUAGAUGUUUAUUUUUCUGGAGAAUUAAAAUGAGAGAAAUCAGUAACAGUACAUAGAUAUAAAAUCUACAGUAAUUUGCUGUAUUAUUCAUCAGGAAAUGCAUACAGGAGAGGAACUGAAUUCAGCAAAUAUACAAAAGUUCACAUAGAAGUCAUAGCACAUACAACAGAAAGACAGUCACUAUGAAUGUAGUAAUUUUGUGAAAACUUGUAGAAGUGUACAUUAUUUUAUAUCAGAGACGCUCACAUAGGAAAAACAAACUACACAAGACAGAAAUGUUGCAAUAUUUUCAUUGAGAAAUCAAAUUUCAGAUGCAUCAGAAUUUACACCAGAGUAAAUCCUAUAAGAAUAAUAAAUGUGAGAAAAACUCUUUACAAAAGUCACAAGCAUGUAAUAUUCGAGAAUUUACACCAAGGAAUAACUCUGAUUGCCAUAAAGUGCUUGAAACUCUCUGAUUAUGAAAAAAAUCUACAAAUAAUACAUAUGACAGUGAAUUUAUUAAAUGGGAUGACUGCACCAUGAAAUGCAACUUUAUUGUGUAUAAGCAAUAUUUAGGAAAAAUUAAGCCAGGAUAAUGAAUUGAGGAAAUCAUUUCCUCUAGAAAUAAUAAGGAAGUCCUGUUCUUGCUGUGAGUACUAAGUUGAUAAAAUAUUUCAAGAGGUUUUCAGUAUGAAGAAGAGAUAGGUAUUCACUGUGGGCUGUGAGACUAAGUGUAUGAAUAAAUGAAGUGAUCAAAACAAGAUGCAGUUACCAACUAUGUCAGCUGUAGCUGGGUAUUUUCUGACAAUAUCAUGGAACCUGAAUUUUGUAGCAUUUUGAGUUUUGUAUGUAAGUACAAUAUAGGUAUAAUGAAUACAUGUAUUGUAACUAUUUUGAAAUAAUUUCAAAAUUACAGAAAAGUUGCAAGAAUAAUACAAAGAACGCUUCAUCCAGAUUCCUCAAUUAUUACCAUUUUACUACAUUUGCUUUAUUAUAUUCUGUCUCCAUACAUACAUAUUAUUUUGUUUUUCUGAACCAUUUGAGAGCAAAUUUCACACAUGAUGCCUCCAGUGUGUGUUUACUAACAACAGGGAUGUUCUCCAACACAAUAACAGUAUAGCUAUUAAAAUCAGGAACUUUGAUCCAAUACUGUUAUAUAAUUUAGAAAUUUUAUUCAGUUUGUCAAUUCUCUAAUACUAUGCUUUAUAACAAAAAGAAACAAGGAAAACCUGGAUUCAAGACCAUAUAUUGUAUAUAAUUGUCAUAUUUCUUUAGAUUACUGCAAGGUGAAAUGGUUCCUGUUUUUGUCCUUCAUGACUUAAGGUUACUUAUUUUAUAGAAUAGCCUUCAAUUUAAGUUUGAGGCCUAAUGACUGGUUAUGUAUUUUUGGCAGGAAUACUACAUAAAUUAUAUUGUAUCCUCAUGUGCAUCAUGUCAGAAAGCAUAUGAUUUUGGUUUGUCUUAUUACUGACAAUAUAAACUUUGGUCAAUUGGU